AUGCCCUCAGCCUUGUCAUUCACCCCGCUCCUCGUGCGGCUCAAAAUUCGGGGGAACGCGCCCAUUGCCCCGCCAAGGACAUGGCAAGCCGUCAAAUUCCUCACGCUGCGGGCUUUACACGACGUCGACCUCUCCUUCUGUAACACUGACUUGGUGGGCAACUUCAUGCGCACGAUUUGCUGCCCGGUGCUAGAGCAGCUCCAUAUGUCCUGUGCACCCCGCUUGAAGGUGACUGGGGUGCCCUUCGAUAACCUCGCAACUGUGCGCACCAUCGUGUUGAUAUGCAACCAGCACCAAGGUACAAACACCAUGCCGGACUACACUGCGGCAAAUAAUCGCCUUAAUGCGCAGGUCCCUGGAAGGGCGCCACGCUUCCGUGCUGCCUCGCUUACAAGUCCUAGCCUAACUAAUACUGCCCGGGACGAGUUUCCGCUACUCACUGAGCUGCUGAAGAUGCUUCUCAUUGGGCAUGGAGUGGUACGGCAGCUCUGCUUGGUUGGUGGUGGUGCAGAGACGGAGAUGUUUCGGGACCUUGACCAGUAUGUCCAAUUAAAGGAAGGUCUGCCGCACGACUUGGACUUGUAG